AGGAACCCGGAAGUAAAAAAAGAGUGAGACGUCUCGUUUUUUUUCCUGCUCUGUGCACACUGUGGGUCCUUUCCGCUCCGCAGGAACGCACUCUGCGCUAAUGGUUCCCAAACACUGGGCGAAGGUCUGUCAGAGUGACAGGUCGCGACAUUUCUAGGCAGGAAUGAGACUCCCCCACCGCUGAGCUCCAACAUGAGAGAGUGGUGGAUUCAUGUGGGUUUGAUCUGCAUCCCGCUGGUGGCCGUCUACCUGCACAUCCCGCCCCCUCAGCUGUCACCUGCCCUGCAGAAGUGGCACAAUGCCGGGGAGGUCUUCCACUUCCGGGGCAGGGAGAUCUUCUACAGAGAUUCCUACGGUGCUUUGGGAAGCUCUGAUGUCGUCAUUCUGCUCCACGGCUUCCCCACCUCCAGCUACGACUGGAACAAGAUCUGGGAGCCGCUCACCCAGCGCUUCCAUCGAGUCAUAGCACUGGACUUCCUGGGUUUUGGCUUCAGUGACAAGCCACGACCCCACAGGUACUCCAUCUUCGAGCAGGCCAGUGUGGUGGAGGCCCUGGUGGCUCACUUGGGUCUGAGCAACCAGCGAGUGAAUCUGGUGUCCCACGACUAUGGAGACACUGUGGCCCUGGAGCUGCUCUACAGGAGUGACCAAAACCGCACAGGCCACCUGAACUUUAACAGUCUUUGUCUCUCUAAUGGAGGACUGUUCCCAGAAACACAUUAUCCGCGGCUGCUCCAGACCCUUCUGAAGGACUCCAGUUUUCUGGCUCCACUCCUGACACGUCUUACCAACUAUAUGAUCUUCCACAAGGGGAUUGGAGACGUGUUCGGUCCGUACACACAGCCCACAGACACUGAGUUCUGGGACAUGUGGACGGGUAUACGCUACAAUGACGGCAACCUAGUCAUGGACAGUAUUCUGCAGUACAUCAACCAGAGGUUGAAACACAGAGAUCGCUGGGUGGGCGCGCUCACCUCCACCUUCAUCCCACUGCACAUGAUCUACGGACCCCUGGACCCAGUCAACCCUCAUCCCCAGUUCAUCCGUCUUUACCAGCAGCUGGUCCAGAGGUCGACAGUAACCAUUUUGGACGAACACAUCAGCCACUACCCUCAGCUGGAAGAUCCCACCGGCUUCCUCAACGCGUAUUUCAAUUUCAUCCACUCUUUCUGAAGGGGGAACAAACGUCUGUGUUCAAGAACAUGUUGGACUCUUUGCAACUCUUCAAAGUGAUAAAUGACCUUUUCCUGAUGACUGUACGCAGGAGACAAGCUGCGUCAGUUUGAGAUGUAAUCACAGGUGAUCGGCUAAUUUACCAGCAUCUUAAAUGUCAGGCGCUGGCAUUGGAAUCUAGAGCUAGAAACAUGAUUAAUUUUACUUAAUGCAACUAACAGACGGCGGAUGCGGAGUGUUGAUUAUGAACGCUCAGAGGAAGCAUGAUACUUCAGUUUGUGUGAUUAUUGAACUCAUCUUGUGGGACGCUUUUGAUUCCCUCCAUUUCCUGUUCAAAUCAGCUGCACUCUGACUGAGUUUUUGAUAUGAUUUUCUACAUUUCUCUUGAUGUCAACGAAACUACCAAGUGUCAACUUCAAAUAAAACUAGUUUUGUAAAAAAAA